AUGCCCCACGCUACUGGCAAAUCAAUGCAAGAAAUGGGCUUUGAUUCUCUCACGAGCCGCUUCCGUGACUCACUGAGUUACAACAGAGACACCAACAAUAAGAACAAGCCCGAUUUCAAAGAACUCGAUCUGGGUUCACCCGUUUCGCCAUUGACGACCCGGAGCUCUGUCAAUGGUGGCAAUGGCGGUGGUGUAGCCGCAACCACUUCAAGCUGUAGUUCAGGUACUUCUUCUGGCUCAGUUUCGAGCAAAACCAGCAAUGCCCAGUUGGGCAAAAGAUCGGAUUCCAAAUCCAACAACCACUCCGGCGAACUCUCGGUCUCGUCCGAAACAAGCCCGAGAGCCUCCGAGACGGUCCGAUCCGGUACGACGCCGCGUAAUUGGAAGCCGGCUCACCGGAGAUCGGUUUCUGCUGGACCACCAUUGAUCUACUCCGGUGGAAGCGUCAAUACCAGUAUCAGCACUAAUGCGAGUACUAAUACAGCAACUUCUUCAUCAUCUUCUACUUCAAUUGCCUCAACGACCACUGUGUUUCCAAGUGGCAAUAUAUGCCCAUCUGGGAAAAUCGUAAAAUCUGGAUUGGCCUGCAGAGCAAGCAACAAGACUGAUGUUUUGGGGUCUGGGUGCGGGAACUAUGGUCAUGGCAGCAUAGUGAGAGGUGGAGGUGUAAAAUUAGAUUCAAAUGUUAAUACAAGUGGUGGGAGUAAUGCUAAUGUACAGUUGGGUGGAGAGUCUGUGAUGGGGAAGAGGGCAAUGGGGAACUCUGAUCCAGAGGAGGUGAAGAAGGCUGGCAAUGAGCUUUACAGAAGAGGCCAUUUUGGUGAGGCAUUGGCAUUGUAUGAUCGUGCUAUAUCCUUGUCUCCGGAAAACGCUGCCUACCGGAGUAACCGGGCAGCGGCAUUGACGGCGCUGGGGAGGCUGCCGGAGGCCGUGAGGGAGUGUGAGGAGGCUGUCAGGUUGGACCCUGGUUAUGGAAGGGCGCAUCAACGGUUGGGUUCUCUGUAUCUUCGUUUUGGGCAAGUUGAAAAAUCCUACCGUCACCUCUGUAUUCCUGGCCAACAGCCGGAUCAGUCUGAGUUACAGAAGCUGAAGUCACUCGAGAAACAUCUGAAACAAUGUGAGGAUGCCCGUAAGCUUGGCGAUUGGAAAAGCGUGCUUAGGGAAUCUGAGGCUGCCAUAGCAACUGGAGCAGAGUCCUCUCCUCAGCUAGUGGCUUGUAAAGCAGAAGCUCUAUUGAAGCUACAUCAACUUGAAGAUGCUGAAUCCAGCUUAACAAACAUACCAAAGUUUGAAAAUUACCCUUCUUCUUGCUUCCCAACCAAAUUCUUUGGCAUCCUUAUUGAAGCUUAUGUACUGUAUGUGAGAGCCCAGGUUGAGAUGGCAUUGGGAAGGUUUGAGAAUGCAGUAGUAGCAGCAGAGAAGGCUGGACUGAUUGACUGCAGUAAUGUUGAAGUUAUGAGGGUAUCAAAUAAAGUGAAGAAGGUUGCAAAUGCUCGUUCCCAGGGCAACGAUCUUUUUAGCUCGGGAAGAUUUGCUGAAGCCUGCUCUGCUUAUGGAGAGGGCCUCAAAUAUGAUAGCUCCAACUCUGUUCUCUAUUGCAAUAGAGCAGUUUGCCGGUCUAAGCUUGGACAAUGGGAAGAGUCUGUUGAAGACUGCAAUCAAGCCCUCAAGAUUCAACCUAAUUACACCAAAGCCCUUCUUCGAAGGGCUGUCUCUAAUGCAAAGCUUGAUCGAUGGGCAGAGGCAGUAAGAGAUUAUGAGGUCUUGAGGAGGGACCUUCCUGGAGACAAGGAGGUUGCUGAAUCUCUUCACAGGGCACAAGUUGCGUUGAAGAAGUCUCAUGGAGAGGAACUUCAUAAUGUGAAGUUUGGUAGUGAAGUGGAAGAAGUUUCUAGUUUGGAUAAGUUUAAAGCUGCAAUAUCAUCACCUGGUGUUUCCGUUGUUCAUUUCAAAGUUGAAUCCAAUGAGAAAUGUGAAGAAAUAUCCCCAUUCAUAAAUAUGCUUUGUGUUCGAUAUCCAUAUGUUAAUUUUUUUAAGGUGGAUGUGGAGGAGAGCUUAUCCAUAGCGAAAUCUGAGAGCAUAAGAACCAUUCCAACAUUUAAAAUUUACAAGAACGGAGAAAAGGUUAAGGAGAUGGUCCUUCCAAGCCAUCAGUUCUUAGAGGACUCGGUGAGAACCUGCAGCCUCUAG